AUGGGAAGAGAAGAAGAAGAAGUGGCUGUUGGAGUUCCAGCAAACGCGUUGAUCGGAGAUCCGAAAGGUAUUCCCAUCCAAGAGACUAUUUACAGAGACACUCCUGCUCCUUUCAAUUGCCUUCACUGCGGUCACACCGACCUCACCACCGUCAGAUCGAAGAUUAGUCUUGCGGCAUUCGUUGGAUGCUUGAUGCCGAUGAUGGUUGGAGUUUGCUUUCUCUGUCCUUCAAUGGACUGCCUCUGGCAUAAAUAUCACUACUGUCCUGAUUGCCAACUAAAGGUUGCUGAUUUUGAGAAAUCAGAUUUAUGUGCUGUCAUGGAUCCGCCAAACUGGACGCAGGAGAGCUUUGCAUUCCCCAGAUACUAG